AUGAAAGGUGUGGCUGAGUUUAGUGCAAAAAAAUUAUUUAUUGUUCUCGCCUUGGUGGCUGCUGCCUCUGCCCAACUCAGCAGUGAAUACUUGCCACCUGUAGCUGCCAGCACCACCUAUGAAGUUGCUGCCAAUGCCCCAGUUGCUGCUGCCGCCGCUCCAGUUACAUCUUACUUGGCCCCAGCUGCCUCUUUUGAUACCGUUGAGAUUGCUGCUCCAGCUCAUAGUUAUUCCAAUGCUGAGGGUUAUCGUUAUAAGACCCAAAAACGUCGUAUUGUCAAAACUGCUCGUCGCCAUCGUCGUGACGUGUCUACCGAAUACUUGCCACCUGUAGCUGCCAGUACCACCUAUGAAGUUGCAGCCGCCGCUCCAGUCACAUCCUAUUUGGCCCCAGCUGCCUCAUUUGAUACCGUUGAAGUUGCUGCUCCAGCCCAUAGCUUCUCCGAUGCUGAGGGAUACCGUUAUAAGACCCAAAAGCGUCGUGUUGUCAAAACUGCCCGUCGUCAUCGUCGUGAUGUAGCCACUGAAUACUUGCCACCUGUUGCUGCCAGCACCACCUACGAAGUUGCUGCUGCUGCUCCAGUUGUUGCUGCCGCCUCUCCAGAUACUUCCUACCUGUCUCCAGCUGCCUCCUUCGAUACCGUUGAAGUUGCUGCUCCAGCCCAUAGCUUCUCCGAUGCCGAAGGCUAUCGUUACAAGACUCAAAAGCGUCGUGUCGUCAAAACUGCUCGUCGCCAUCGUCGUGACGUGUCUACCGAAUACUUGCCACCUGUAGCUGCCAGUACCACCUAUGAAGUUGCAGCCGCUCCAGUUGCUGCUGCUGCCGCUCCAGUAACAUCCUACCUGGCCCCAGCUGCCUCUUUCGAUACCGUCGAAGUUGCUGCUCCAGCCCACAGCUUCUCCGAUGCCGAAGGCUAUCGUUAUAAGACCCAAAAACGACGUGUUGUCAAAACUGCCCGUCGUCACCGUCGUGAUGUUUCCACUGAAUAUUUGCCACCAGUAGCUGCCAGCACCACCUAUGAAGUUGCAGCUGCUGCUCCAGCUACUUCAUACCUGGCUCCAGCUGCCUCUUUUGAUACCGUUGAAGUUGCUGCUCCAGCACACAGUUUCUCCGAUGCCGAGGGAUACCGUUAUAAGACCCAUCGCAGCCGUGUUCUCCGUCGUCAUCGUAUUUAA